GUUAGCCGUUAGCACUGAGAGCUAACAGCCGGAGUGUGUAAUGGCGGCCUCGGUGUUGCUGGGCUCUGUGGACAACACCGGACUCAACUUCACGGUGGGAGGCGGCAGCAGCGGCGGCAGCGGCACCGGGAAUGUAUUAAUCGGGAGUAAUAACGGACUGGGACCGGCAGGUCCGGCGCCCUGGAACCGUUCUCUGGACCGGGCGCUGGACGAAGCCUCGGCCACCGGGUGCCUGAACCUCAGCGGCAGGAAGCUGAAGGAGUUUCCCCGGAGCGCCGCCAACCACGACCUGACGGACACCACCAGGGCCGACUUGUCCCGUAACCGUUUGUCAGAGCUUCCUCUGGACGUCUGUCUCUUUGUGUCUCUGGAGAGUCUGAACCUUUACCAGAACUGUCUGAGGUCUUUGCCAGACAGUCUCCUCAACCUGCAGGCCCUCACCUACCUGAACCUCAGUCGGAACCAGCUGUCUGUCCUCCCUGCAGUGGUCUGCAGUCUUCCUCUGAAGGUUUUGAUUGCCUGUAACAACAAACUGGUGUCCCUUCCAGAAGAAGUUGGACUGCUGAGACACCUCACUGAACUGGAUGUGAGCUGUAAUGAGAUUCAGACUCUGCCAUCUCAGAUGGGUCAGCUGGAGGCUCUACGAGACCUGAACAUCAGGAGGAACCACCUGGUCCGCCUGCCGCCAGAGCUGGCGGAGCUCCCUCUGGUGCGUCUGGACUUUUCCUGUAACAAAGUGACCUCCAUCCCCGUCUGUUACCGACAGCUCACACAGCUACAGACCAUUGUCCUCGACAACAACCCUCUGCAGACCCCACCUGCACAGAUCUGCAUUAAAGGGAAGGUCCACAUAUUUAAGUACCUGAACCUGGAGGCCAGUAAGACAACCCCCGACCUCCCAGACUACGACAGACGACCUUUGACCUUCAGCUCCUGUGUUGACGAGCUGUACCCCGGGCGUCCGUAUGGAGCGUUGGAUUCUGGCUUCAACAGCGUGGACAGCGGAGACAAGAGGUGGUCAGGGAAUGAGCCCACAGAGGAGCUGUCAGAGCUGCCGCUGCGCGUCGCUGAGAUUAGCCGGGAGCAGAGACACCGAGGAGGAGGAGGAGGAGGAGGAGGGGCUCUGCUGGCUAACGGCACACACGUGGAGUCGGAGCAGAUUGACUUCAUCGACAGCUGUGUAGGUGAGGAAGAGGAGGAGGAGGGGAGGAGUCGAGGAGGAGGGAGCAGGGACAGCGUCAGCCUGAGCUCUCAGUUCAUGGCCUACAUCGAGAGACGCAUCACCAGGGAGGGUUCUCCGGUCAAAACCAACUCGAGGACAGAGGACACGAGGAGACACAACAGGAGCGUGGUCGACGGGGUCACAGCGCUCUCUAGUGCACAGAGCCAGAGAGGUGGUAUUGGUCCAGGGGGUGUGGAGAGGAUGAGGAGGGAGGCCCAGCUCGCUGCUCUGAGGUACGACGAGGAGAGACAGAAGAACCGAUCUGUGCAGAGAGACGCCAUCACCAGCUACACCAAGCACAAAGCAGCUCAGAGUCCAACAAAGUCCAGUCCAGACAGUGAGAAUGUCUACCCCUCCAGACGCUCCACCCACACAGAUGACUCCGCCCUCUUCAUGGGAGAGGACAGAGCUGCUCUGUCUCCUACAGCCAAUCAGUCACCUUCCUACCCCUCCUCAGGGGGCGUGUCGUCCUGUCGGACAGCCAGUCAGAGACCAGAGAGCUUCCUGUUCCGUCUAGGUCAGAGGGAGGAGAAGAGGAAAGGUGAUGCUCCGCCUCCUCAGACCCAGGAAGAGACUCCUGCUGCUCCUCCUCUGGCCGGAGAAGAUGCUGAGCUGGUGGAGCAGCUCCGAAAGAAUAUUGAGGCCCGUCUGAAGGUGUCGUUGCCUAGCGACCUCGGAGCAGCUUUGACAGACGGGGUGGUGCUCUGUCACUUGGCCAAUCACGUGAGACCUCGGUCCGUCCCCAGCAUCCACGUCCCCUCCCCCGCUGUGCCUAAACUCACCAUGGCCAAAUGUCGACGAAACGUUGAGAACUUCCUGGAGGCAUGUCGCAGGAUCGGUGUUCCACAGAGUCAGUUGUGUCUUCCACUGCACAUCCUGGAGGAGCGAGGGCUCCCCCAGGUGGCCGGGACCGUCAGCGCCCUGCUCGACUUGGCCCCGCCCAGACACCCCGUCACCACCACCAGCAACACGACGACGACAACGACCACACCUGGACCCUCUGUCAGCAUGUAGACAACAGCACCACCACUGCACGCGCUCAGUCCGCCUCCUGUAACGCCCGUUAGGUUGUUUUAAUGUCUUCAGGUGGAGAUAAAAAAAAUGCUCCAGAGCAGCAGCAGGUCGGAUCUGACGGAGACAUGAACACAGCCGGAGACACGACGACAUAUACUACACUCAAAAUGAUCAAACUACACGUACGUGAAGUGGCUGUGAAAGAAUCUGUAGCUUUACUGAGUCCCAAACCAGAAAAUAAUUCCACAAAGAAACAAAGGGAGACAGCAGCAGAAUGAAACCACCAAAAAUAUAAAUAUGUGCAGGAACAUGUUCCAGGCAGCUCCUCUGGAUCACGAGUCUCAAACUCUGCCUUUGUUCUCUCUUUGUGCACAUUUAGCAAAUUAAAUUAUUUCACUUUGAAGACUUUAGGAAGACAUUUGUUUACACCUGUGAAUCCAGGAUGAGUUAUCAGAAAAAUCCUUUAUAAAAUCCACCAGGAACAACUACAUUCCUACAAACAUCUACAAAAACCUGACGACUCGUACGUUUCAUAAGUUUUAAAUCUUCAGGUUGAAGAAUUAUUCAGUGACUUAAGUAUUCACAUGAUGGAUGGAGGUAGUUUUGACAUCAAGCUAAUAUAGCUAACUGCUAUCUUUAUGGGUCCUCUUGGUUUGGAAAUGAAUCUUCACUCUGUACUGUUACAGUGAUGGUGGGUUUGGAAAUUAAGCUAAUGUAGCUAAACGCUAAUGUUUACAUUGUUUUAUGUGGAAAGACUUGAGUGUAAAACAUUCAUCCACGAGGACCAUAGUUAUCACACUGCUAACUGCUAAUGAUAGCUGACACAAAUGUACAGCAGCUUUAUGGGUUCUUUUAAACAACACUAAUGUAGCUUGCUGCUAACUGUAGCCACUAUUAAUGUAGAUGGUUUGGAGAUGAAGCUAACGUAGUUAGCAGCUAACAUUAACAUUGUGAAGCUAGUCGGUUUAUAUAUUAAUGCAACACGGCUAGUUGUAAAAUAUUAGCUGAUAUUAAACCACUUAGUUUGGGGUUGAAGCCAAUAUAGGUCAGUGCCAAAGAGACACCAACACUUCCAACUGGUAACUGUAGCAACAUAAAUGUACAGUAGUUGGUCUGAAAAAUGCUCACUGCUAGCAUUAGUUAACAUUAUGAGGUGAGGUGUAAAGAUUAAAUGAAACGGCUAGCUUCACAUAUUAGCUAACAUGAUACAGUUAUGACUAAAGAUUAAAAUAAAAUUGCUAGCUUACAUAAAAGCAAAUAUUAUGUACCUAGAUCUAAAGACUAAACUAAAAAUUAGCUUAGCUUUAAGUAUUAGCUACCAUUACAAAAGUAGCUUAAAAAAUUAAACUGAAACAGUUAGCUUUACAUAGUAGCUAACGUUAUUAGGUGAUGUGACAAGUUAAACUGGCUAGCAUUACAUGUUAGCUUCGAACAUUAGUUAAUAUUGUGUAGUUAGGUGUAAAGAUUUAACUGACAAGGCUAGCUUUAAACAUUAGCUAACAAUAUCUAGUUAGGUGCAAAGACGAAACUGUAACAGCUAGCUUUAAACUAUGCUAGUAUUAUAUAUAUAUAUAUAUAUAUAUAUAUAUAUAUAUAUAUAUAAAGAUCGAGAUUUCAACAUUAGCUAACAUUAUGUAAAUAGUUGUAAAGAUUUAACUGACAAGGCUAGCUUUAAACUUAAGCUAACAUUUGUACUUGGUUGCAAAGACUAAAUUGAAAUUGUUAGCUUUAAAUAUUAGCUAACUUUGGGUAGUUAGAUGUAAAGAUUAAACUGAAACAGCUAGCUUUAAACAUUAGCUAAAAGUAUGUAGUAAGGUGUAAAGAUUUAGCUAAAACUUUUAGCAUUAGCUAAAAUUAAUGUAGUUAGAUGGAGAGGCUAAAGUGAAAUAGCUAGCUUUAAACAUUGGCUAACAUUAUGAAGCUAGGUGUGAACUGACAUGACGAGGUGUAGUUGAAGCUGGUUGAAAUCAUCUCUGCUAAAUGCUAAUGAUAGCUAACAUAGUAACUGUUACACAGUAACUGCUGUAUGAACCCAGUAGGUGUGGAAGCUAAACUAGUACAGUUAGCUUCAAACAUUAGCUCACAUUGGACUGUAAGGUUUUGAGUUGAAGCUAAUGUAGCGUGGUGGUAACGUUAGCUAACAUUAGCUAACAUCUUCAGUUGUGUUUUCUCCGUCAGAUCCAAUUGUCAGAAUUUAGUUUUUAUUUAAAACUUACCUGAGUUUUCAUUGGAGGUCAGUUGGAUUGACAUCAGCGAUCAUGUGACGGAGACAGACGUGAACUCUGAGUGGGAGGAGCUUAUUUUGUUUUUAUUUCUGUCUCCGUGACGAUGUCACGGCUGACAGCUCAGGUUGGUACCUGGCUGCUGUCACCACCUGGUCCAUUGUCCACACGUGAUCACGACCUUCAUCAUAGUCAUGACAUCACUUUCACUGAUCAUGUGCUCAGUCACCAUGUGGCCAAAAGUAUGUGGAUGUUUGUUGUCAUGACCCGACCGGAGGGGUCGUAAUUGAUUUAUUAGAUUAGAAAGAAAAGACGAAAUAAUAAUAAAACUUUAUUUAUACAGCAGUGUUUGACACCUCAGUGACGCACAGAGUUCACCUUGAGAUACACAAUAUAAAACCAUUUAACUUUAUUUAUAGCAGUUUUAUGAACAUGAACACAGACGACAGUAAUUAGCUGAUACUGUCCAUAAGUCAAUAAUCACUAUUAUUUCAAACAAAGCUGAUUCUAACCCUGAAGGUCCUGCUGUGAUUGGACAAGGACGAUCAGGUGGUGACUGUUGUAUUCUGGGACAUUUUUUACAUUUAAAAAAACCCUCCUGAUGCGACACUACAGUCACACGACCAGUUUUUAUUCUUCGUAAAUAUAUGUGUACAAAUAUACUCUGUAAAUAUAGGUGUGUGUGUGUGUGUGUGUGUGUGUGAGAGUGUGAGUGUGAGUGAGUGAGCGCCGUGGACAGACGCAGUCCCCAAUCGAAGGUCAAAGGACAAGAAAAGUUUCUUUUUGUUUAAGUUAAUGAAAAUGGAGGAAGCGGUGGGCAGAGCUUCACCUGUGAUGUCAGGAGGUCAGCUCUGUUGUGUUAAAGGAGCAGUACACCCAAACACCCAGCGCCCGUCACUGUCUCCUAUCUCUUGUCUCUGUGCUGGACUUAAUCAGUGAGUCUCCUCUGGAUCCUCUCACUCUGCUCUUUUUUCACACUUCUUCCAAACUUCCUGUUCAGGGUUCAGCGUUUCUUCUGAAUGCCGUUGCUCCGUCAGAAAAAAGUCAGCAGGGAUGAUAAAAAAUAGAUUUCAGGAUGAUCGCAAGAUGAAAGUUAGACCGAGUGUCACGCGCCAAAUUCAUCCUCCUGGUGCAAUAACGCAUAACGUCCUCACGUCAAGACAUGACACAUUACUGCAUCUUUCACUUCACUCCGCCUCACUCUGACCUGUCGUCCUUGUUCGUGGACACUUUAAUGUCCCAUCUUGUGGCACCAACACCACAAGUGGCGGUAAUGCACCUAAUAUGCUGGUUGCCAACCGCCAUUAAAAGACAAAAAGAAGAAGACCAACACCACAACACACUAAUGUAAAAACAAGAUGGCCGCCUCUGCAGAGUCAGUCAAACAUCACUGACCUGCAGAGCCUCAGGGUCAGAGGUUUGUGAGUCAGAGGGCGGGGCAUCUGUCAAUCAGAGACUCACAAUGACUCACAUCUCCUGUUGGUCAAAAACUUAACCUUAUUUAAUUCAGCCAAUCGCCUCACAGCAGUGAGAGGAGACAACAUUUCAACUAGCGAGCUACGCUAGCACUAGCUAGCAUCUGCUUAUCAACUUCCUGAUCAUCACAGAGUGAAGUAACUUUAACCACGGCUUAUUCUAGAAAGAAGCAGCGCGACAUUACGUGUUCUUUGUUCAGAUUAUCAAACGGACAAUGGAUCAAAGGUUACUUUGAACUUAGCUAGCAUAGCAAGCAUAAGCUACACUAGCUAAGUUAGCUUAGCUUUAAAAUGUUGUCUGUUGAUGCUGUGUCGAGUGUAAAAGCUAGGAUGGGUGAUCUGGAGGGACACAAAGCCCAGAGGACAGAGUCCAUGUCUCUACGUCCAGGGAUGUGUGGACACUGGAGGAAAGCCGACAGACCCCGCCCACUGACGUUCUGCCCUCACAGCCUGGGUCAGCGGGUCUGAUGGAGGCUGUUCAGGAGCUCAGACUCGGGAUGCUUGUCUUAUCUGUCCCCGGGGGUUUCAUGUCCCUGUCUUCAGGACGGACAGCACCAACAGAUGGAGACGUUUUUUAUCAACAUUUUAAAGAGUAAACUUUUCAGCGAGCUAACGCUGCAGCCAGAAACAAACAUCUUUGAUCCAUCGUCUGUUUGAUCAUCUGAACACAGAAGACGUUUCUUAAAUCAUCUGAACUACAUCUUUAUCACUCUCCGUCUGUUCAACAGGAAUCUGCAGCUCUGGUACUCGUGCACACACAGAUCGAUGUUUCUCUGUCAGUCUGCAGACGUUCAGACACGAGGUCCAAAACCUGAUCACAUUUUAUCGUCAAACUUUAUUUAUGAUUAAUAAAGUUUGUAGUUUGAUACGGCAACAAGUUUGACCCAUUUUAUCCACAGUAACAAGCUGAGAGAGACGUUUACGAGGAUGGACUCGUCUGAGGAUGUCGGGACUUUGUUAUCGUCUUGUUUGAAGACUCUUAGAUUUGUUGUGUUUUCAGCUAUGUGCUCGGCCGUCUUCAGGAGUUGAAGUGAACAGUUUGGAUGUGAGCCCUAAAUAACUGUCUGAUACUCUGUUACACACCUAAACCCGUCAUCCCUGUACAAGGACAUUGUUUCGUUUCAAACCAACUUCCUGUUCAAAGACGGUGUUUAGUUUUUCAUACCUCAGGUGAAACCGAUCCCAGAUCACGAGGAGAAAUUAAAGAUACAUGUGAACAGAACUCUUCAGGGUCUCAGGAGGAUUUUAUAAUUAAAGAGUUUCUGAUGUUUGAGUUGUUCUUCCCGUUUAAGCUCCACCCACAGAGACAGAGACAGGAAACGUGACCACAGUUGAGUUCUUAACAUUAAACCUUUAUUUCCAUGUUCAGAUGCUGCAUUCAGGUGACGUGGGACAUGAGGACGUUGGUCAUGUUUGUUCCUGUUUGACCUGAAUGCAGCAUCACACCUGACCUCACCUGUGUGAACUGCGUCUUUAAUCUCUUAACGCUGGUGUUGGUGAGUUGCCUGUGAGGCAGAACUCGGGGCCCAACAGUCCCCCUGAGCAGGUGCUGUAAUUGGCAGUUGUUCUGUCCAAUCACGUGUCUCCGUGUCCUGAGUGGACAGGUGUGGACUGACCGAUCAGGUGGUUCCAUGUUUGUACAGAUGUUUAAUGUUUUUCUCAUGUGCUUCUUCUGCGGUGGUGACGGGGUCAUGUGACGGCGGUGACGGGGUCAUGUGAUCGCAGUGUGGUGUGGUUUUAAAGGACAUUCCACCGUGUUUUCUGGAGGACAAACAGACUGUCACAGUUUUUACAGUUUUUCACUUUGUUUUCUUUUUGCUGUAAACUGUAUAAAAGAUUUGAAAACGUGUAUGAAGAGUUGAGUUUAAGUGCUUAAAAUAAAUAUUUUAAUUUGA